ACUGAUCUGUUUUUCGGUCUUCCUUUCCUUCCUUGCUUGUUGCGUAAAGCCGCCAACUCCUCCUUUUCCACCAUCCACGAUGACGACGUCCCUUGAGCAGCUCAAGCAGUUCACCACAGUUGUGGCUGACACUGGCGACUUUGAGACCAUUGCACAGUUCUCUCCUCAGGACGCCACCACCAACCCAUCCCUGGUGUACAAGGCUGCCCAGGAGGACAAGUACAAGCAUGUCGUUGAGGACGCCAUCAAGUACGCCAAGGAGAACGGCAAGGACAUCAAGGAGCAGAUCACGCUCGCUGGCGAUAAGCUCUUUGUCAACUUUGGCGUCGAGAUUCUCAAGCUCGUCCCCGGCCGCGUCUCCACCGAAGUCGACGCUCGGCUGUCGUUUGACCGGGAGGCGCAGAUUGCCAAGGCGCUGCGGCUGAUUGAGCUGUACAAGGCCAACGGCAUUGACAAGGAGCGUGUGCUCAUCAAGCUCAGCUCCACAUGGGAGGGCAUCCAGGCUGCCCGCGAGCUCGAGGAGAAGCACGGCAUCCACUGCAACCUCACCCUCCUCUUCUCCUUUGCGCAGGCUGUUGCGUGCGCCGAGGCCGGCGUGACACUCAUCUCCCCCUUUGUCGGGCGCAUCCUCGACUGGCACAAGGCGCACAACGGCGGCAAGGACAUUGCGCCGGAGAACGACCCCGGUGUGGAGUCGGUGACCAACAUCUACAACUACUACAAGAAGCACGGCUACAAGACGGUUGUCAUGGGCGCCUCCUUCCGCAACACGGGAGAGGUCACCCACCUCGCAGGAUGCGACCUGCUCACCAUCUCUCCUGCUCUCCUCAAGCAGCUUUCCGAGUCCACCGACCCGGUGACGCAGCGGCUGAGUGCGGAGAAGGCGAAGACGCUCGAUCUCGAGAAGAUUUCCCUGGACGAGAAGCAGUUCCGCUGGAUGCUCAACGAGGACGCAAUGGCCACAGAGAAGCUCUCGGAGGGCAUCCGCAAGUUUGCACAGGACCAGAUCAAGCUGGAGACGCAGAUCCGCGAGCUGCUCAUGAAGGCCUAAACACACACACACACACACACACAUGCACACACGAGCCGUGUGUUCGUGGGAUGCUGUUGUUCAUCUGAUCGAGGACGUGUUGUGCACUUCUGGCGAUUGUCAAUUGUGUCGUUUUCCUGUGUGCCUUGGUCCUCUCUUCUCCUACCGUUCAUUCCUCUGCACCGGUUCCCCACCGCUGUUGCCCCAAACGCUCAUACACGCACCCACAACACAAGCAUAAACACAUGGUUUACCUGCUGCUGCGUCCCACUCUUGUUCUUCACACCUCCACAACAUAAACGGCUGUUGUUUCGACACAUCCCAAAGAAAACG